AUGCCUCAAAUAGGACCUCUACUUUGGCUAAAUCUCUUUCUUAUAUUCACCCUUGGAUAUAUCUUAUUCUUUAUCAUUAAUUUCUUCUGUAAACUUCCAAUUAAAACAGAAACUUUCACCCACACAUCAACAAUUCUAGAAAAACCCUGAAAAUGAUAG